AUGGCCACUACCAAGCGAGUGUUGUACGUGGGUGGACUCGCGGAGGAGGUGGAUGACAAAGUUCUCCAUGCUGCUUUUAUCCCUUUUGGAGACAUCACGGAUAUCCAGAUUCCUCUGGAUUAUGAAACAGAAAAGCACCGAGGAUUUGCUUUUGUUGAAUUUGAGUUGGCAGAGGAUGCUGCAGCAGCUAUUGACAACAUGAAUGAAUCUGAGCUCUUUGGACGGACAAUUCGUGUCAACUUGGCAAAACCCAUGAGGAUUAAAGAAGGCUCUUCCAGACCAGUUUGGUCUGAUGAUGACUGGUUGAAGAAGUUCUCUGGGAAGACUCUUGAGGAGAACAAAGAGGAGGAGGGGUCAGAGCCCCCCAAAGUGGAAACGCGGGAGGGAGAGCCUGCUGUAAAAAAGGCCCGGUCAAACCCUCAGGUGUACAUGGACAUCAAGAUUGGGAACAAGCCGGCUGGCCGCAUCCAGAUGCUCCUGCGUUCAGACGUCGUGCCCAUGACAGCAGAGAAUUUCCGCUGCCUGUGCACCCACGAGAAGGGCUUUGGCUUCAAGGGCAGCAGCUUCCACCGCAUCAUCCCCCAGUUCAUGUGCCAGGGCGGUGAUUUCACCAACCACAACGGCACCGGGGGCAAGUCCAUCUACGGGAAGAAGUUUGAUGAUGAAAACUUUAUCCUCAAACACACAGGACCAGGCCUGCUCUCCAUGGCCAACUCCGGCCCAAACACCAACGGCUCCCAGUUCUUCCUGACAUGUGACAAGACAGAUUGGCUGGACGGCAAGCAUGUAGUGUUUGGGGAGAUCACGGAUGGCCUGGAUGUCUUGCGGCAGAUUGAGGCCCAGGGCAGCAAGGACGGGAAGCCCAAGCAGAAGGUGAUCAUCUCCGACUGUGGGGAGUACGUGUGA